GCUGGAGAAAUCGUGUGCAAUGCAUUCUUAGCUCCCACCCAGUUCAUUAUAUACAGAAUUUGAAUAGAUUUGAAAAUGCCUAUAAGUCCUUUCUUUGAUAUAAACAGGUCCAGGCAUUUUAUUUUAUUAAUCUGCUGCUCCGGGCUAUACAUUUUUGCAUUCCAUCCCUGUCAGGUCUAUCGAUAAGAGUAGUCGCCAUCAAGCCGGCACGCAGAAUUGUUGUGAUUUGAUUUGUAAAAGGAGAGAGAACAAAACAAAGAGAAAAAGAGAAGAAAUCGCCACAAAAUGAAUGACAACGAAGCUAUGGAGCCGCAUACGGAAACACGUGAAGUGUCAGCAGCCCCAGAUCCUGUAUGCAGCGAACACUUUAACCCACUGCGAGCGCUCUAUGAGCCAAAUUAUAAAAUAACAGAAGUACCUCCGAAAGUGCUGUAUCAAAAUCUAGCCGCUUUCGAGAGUGCUCUUAAAAAGUUUGGAGUAUGGCAACUGAACAAGAGACAGAAAUUUGGAACGUCGGCGGGAACUGGCCAAGCAGACCAAAAGUCUUCUUUGCCUUGCACUUCCAAGUCUGUGAUGGUUCUGGAAGAAGCUCCCCAGCGUCGUUUUGAGCCCCAUCAAAUGCCAAUGGUCAGCACUGUAAACAAGAAACAUCAACGGAAUAUUUUUACAUACAUGGAGACGACGGUGGGCCCCCUAGAACUGUUGAAGAAAUGCAUAGUCGCACCAGCUCUAGAGAACAAUUCAAAGAUCCGCGUGCGGGUGGUAAUCCGCAAGGAACGAGAGAUAGGUGGCAGUGUCGAAGGCGAAUUGGUGGCCUACGAUAAACAGUGGAAUCUCCUCUUGAGGAAUGGCACAGAGACAUGGAAGCGGCGCAAAUACAAUUUUGGAGAGCAGAAACUUUGUGGAGCGCCUGUUGAUUGCAGUGCUCGUCUUAGGGAUUUAGGAAUAGUUCUUCCCACAGUAGAGGUGAAGAGCUUGAAACGAAAGAAUGUACAGGUAAAACGGGACCUGCCACAGGUCUUAAUACGAGGGGAAAAUGUGGUACUAGUACGUUUAAUUGAUUAAGAUGAAGACAACUAGUAGAAAUUAUCAAUAGCUAUCAAUCAGCCAGGCUCCCUUUUCCACAAGCACAAAAGCUGUUCGAUUUACUUUUAAAUACACAUAAAUUGGGGCUCCCGGUUUCACAUUCCGCAAGAUUUAAUCGUUUUCAAAACGAAAACAUUUUUGUUGACGAAAUGAAACGAAACGACCCUUAAUUGCCAAAAGGAAAAAAGUAGAUGACUUAUUGAUGCAUUAUCAUAAACGUGACACCUUUUUGUAACUCAACUUUUGCUUUCUUAAUAAAUAAUUUUAUUUUAA